UGUCUGCCACAGACCUGCUAAUGCUCAACCUGUGGAGGCCAAUCGGCAGCAAGCUGCACGAGGGCGACAUGCUGCUGUCAUCGGCGCAGAAGAAGCGGUACUCGCUGCAGCCGGACACAUCCUCCUCGGCACCGCUUGUCGCCAACCCGUGGCCGAGCAACACGGUCAAGUACAAGAUCGGCACACCGGGUCCGAGCAAGGAGCUGGUGGAGCACGCCAUGGCGCGCUGGUCAGGCGGCACCUGCGUCAAGUUUAAGGAGGACAAGUCCGGCACACUGGAAAUCAAGUACGGAGAGGGCUGCUACGCCCAGCUGGGCUAUACGGGCUCCCAUCAAGUGCUGGUGCUGGCGAAGGACUGUGAGAGCGAACCGGUGUUGGUCCACCUGCUGGGGCACGUGUUGGGCCUGCCGCACGCGCACUCUCGACCCGACCGUGACAAGUAUCUGUACGUGCGCGCGCACAACGGCCUCGUCGACGACUUCAUGUACCUCAACACCAAGGACUACGCUGCGUGCCCGUUCAACUACCAGUCCAUCAUGAUGUACGACACGUACGGGCUGUCGCGCAGCGGCGAGGCCGUCUUCCUCUCGUCCUUCCAGACGGACAAGGGGCUCAUGAUGUCCAGCGGCAUCGGCAUCCAGGACGCGUUUGUGCCGGACGCUGAUCUGGCGUUCGCCAAGCACGUGCUCGGCUGCAAGCAAGGGCAAGGCGUCGUGCGCGGCACCACACCGGAGCCGGAGCCCUGCGAUGUGGACGUGACCACGGACAACAGCCGUUUCCAGAAGAAACGCGCUCAGCUUCAACCUACCACCGGCAAGGAGAAGUGCGUGCGCGUCGGCUUCCUCAUCCUCUUCGAGAUGACACCCGACCCGGAGCGCCUGCUCUUCCUCUUCUCCACCGGCUGCCGCUAUUUCCAGUACAAGGAGGCUACCGGUGACCUCGGCAAGACGGGCAAGGUAUACGCCUUCACCAUGGAGGACGUGUACUGCUCGGACAAGAUUUCGCCCGUCGCGCCGUGCUUCUAG